AGGCGCUCAUGUCAGCGACGAUCAUCCCUCCUCGUUUGCGUCUCUGCUCCUUCCUCAACAGUACCCCCAACCUUCUUCACUUUCAUUCUCAAUUUCUUUCUCUGUUUCUGCAGUUUCCUCUGCAUCGACCUGUUGAUCGCGGGGACCCAGCUCGGACCAGUCACCUUCUCCGCAUUCCAGUGAACUGGCCCCGCCAAUUUCCCCCCGGCCCUUUGAUUUAUUGUCCCAGAAUUUUCGGAGCACUUUGCAACAUCGAAACAUUUCUGUUUCCCUUCCCACUCCCAGAUCCGUUAGCCGUUCGGCCCCGAUGCGGAAAUUCGGGAGGAGAACCAUUGACGGAUUAGGGACAUCCUCGGACUAACUUCUUGGCGUUUAUGUCACUACUUUACUCAUUCAGAAUCCAAUCACGAGCUACUUCUGAACUCGUUUCUCAGCUCCACAACUUAGGGUUAGGGUUUGUCGCGUUUCAGAAAUGUUUAAGAAAAUCAUGAAGGGGGGCAAGAAGCCCUCCAGGUCCGACCCUAAUGAGUCAUUGGUUUAUGGCUCCGGUCCUACAGCGAACCGCAAUUCGGCUCCGGCCCCCACCAAUGUGGUCGGUAACCAUGCCUCUCGGACUGGUGCUGCCGCAUCGGGCCCUAAUUUUAUGGCUGGUGCUCCUCCUUCGGGUACUAUCGAACCCCUUCCGAUGUUCCGCGAUGUGCCCGUCUCGGAAAGACAGAACUUGUUCCUUCGGAAGUUGAAGGUAUGUUGUUAUGUUUUUGAUUUUACGGAUACCUUGAAGUCCGCUCGAGAGAAAGAAAUCAAGCGGCAGUCACUUAUGGAUUUGGUUGACUUCAUCCAAUCCGGGUCGGGUAAAAUUUCAGAGGCUUGUCAGGAGGAAAUGAUAAGAAUGAUAUCAGUAAAUAUAUUCCGAUGCUUGCCUCCAGCAUCCCAUGAAAAUACAGGACAAGAGAUUACCGAUCCCGAAGAAGAGGAACCUUGUUUGGAACCAGCGUGGCCUCAUUUGCAGCUCGCGUAUGAGUUGCUUCUGAGAUACGUGGUGUCAUCCGAUACGGAUACUAAGGUUGCCAAGCGGUAUAUUGAUCAUUCGUUUGUGUUGAAAUUACUUGAUUUAUUUGACUCUGAGGACCCUCGGGAGCGAGAAUAUUUGAAAACCAUCCUCCAUCGCAUAUAUGGUAAAUUCAUGGUUCACCGGCCAUUUAUUAGGAAGGCAAUUAAUAACAUUUUUUAUCGUUUUAUAUAUGAAACCGAGAGGCAUAGUGGUAUUGGCGAGCUUCUGGAGAUUCUGGGGAGUAUAAUCAAUGGGUUUGCUCUGCCAAUGAAAGAGGAGCACAAGUUGUUUCUGGUGCGGGCGCUAAUACCAUUACAUAAACCUAAACCAGUUGCCGUAUAUCAUCAGCAGUUGUCGUACUGCAUCACUCAGUUUGUUGAAAAGGACUACAAGCUGGCUGAUACAGUCAUUAGGGGUUUGUUGAAGUACUGGCCAGUGACCAACUGCCAGAAGGAAGUUCUCUUCCUGGGGGAACUGGAGGAAGUUCUAGAGGCGACGCAAGCUGCUGAAUUUCAACGUUGCAUGGUUCCCCUGUUUAAAAGGAUUGCGCAAUGCCUCAAUAGCUCUCAUUUUCAGAUAAGUACUUUUACUGGACUGCUUCCUAUGUGCAGCCUUUAAAUUGUUUGAGUAAAUUACAUGAAUCUCCUCUGCGUUCUUUUGAAAUUAUGUAGAAUUUCGUUUUAUUUUCUAAACUUAGACAGACGUUUCCCAGACGCAAAAGUGAAAAUUACAAGGACCUAAGCUUUCUAAAAUCAUACAGAUCUUGAUAGAGCCCAAGCAGAGUAGUAGAUAUAAAACACUGAAUUUAUAUUAAGUGUCAAAGUAUUCUUCCCCUCAAUGGAAUGAAAGGGAGGUACAAUAUAAGAAAACACCAAAACUCACACAGAGAACACAAAAGGAGACACAUCACAAUAGAAACAGAAAAUGAUGAAGAAAGUUGAUUUUCCUCCUCCCGCAACUUGGGAUUCGAGAGGCUAGAACUCUCUUCACCACAUUUAAUUUAAUAAGACAGAACUUCCCUCUCUCUCUGAACCAAAAGGAACAUUUAAAGACCCAGAAAGUUACCCCUAUCCCUAGGGGCAUUUCAUGCCUACUCAGAUAACACUUCUUUCCCCUUGCGGCCAGCAACCAUGGGAUAAUCUUCUACACUAGCAGUAUUGUCCCCUUCUUACCUCUUCUUUCUUUCGUCCUAAUAUGUCUUGGCGAACUCAGUAGCUCUAUGGAAUCUCUUUUCUAUUUUGAAAAACCUCCGCGUAGCUCCUCCAAAAAAUGAAGAGUUAAACAACGUAUUUCUUAUGAGUUUAGCUGAAAUACCACAAUCUUCCUAUGUUUAGGGAAUGCUUGUGUACAUUUAGGGGAAACUCUGUAAUUUGCCCUUUAUUCCAGGGGAAAUUUGGGCAGGUUUUGAAUAUAGAGGGAAUGUGUGCAACAAAAUUUAAGAGAAGUUUGUAUUAGUUUUUACAAUAUAGGGAUAUCUGUAUAAUUUUUGUAGAACUUAAAAGAGAUCUAUAUAAUUUAUAAUUUGUUGCCACUGGAUUUUUUUGCCAGCAAAAAAUUCCCAGUUUUGCCCCCAUAAUGAAUGCAAAUUGCGAUAGAGCUUACUAGCAUCUGCUAAGUUUCUAGGGUCUGGAUUUAUAGGGCAAUCAGAAAUAUUUUGUUAACUCAUAUUAGAAGUUGCUGUUCAGCUUGGGUUGCCAAUGGCUUGUGGUUAUUAUAAAGAUAUAUAUAGGUUCCACCGAAUCUUUUAUUUCGUUGAACAAAAAGUUUGGUGUGGGGUGUUCUGUAGUGGAACAGUAGGAGGGAGGAGUAAAAUGGUGUUGCCAAAUUGAUGGCCAAGCAAAAAAAAAAAAAAAAAAAAGGAAAUUGGUGGUGCCGAAUCAUUCCUUGGGAUCUUUUUUCAUUCAUUUCUAUAUUUUACUUUAAGAAAGGAGGAGUUAAUCAUUAAUGCUCUUUUUAAGCAAAUCCUUCCUAGGUCGCUGAAAGUUGUCAUAAUCAGUAUAGGAUAUGGGGCCUUCUCCAGAUUAGGAUUUGAAUUGCUUCGACGGUACCGUAACUUGCAUUGUGUGCUUGUAUAAUAUUUUUAAAUAUUCCCUGCGGAAUGGUUUACUUAGGCACAAC